AUGCUCCGGGCCGGGGUCGACGGGGCAGCGUGUGUGAUGAACUUGGGGACGACUUGUACUUUGCAGUCUUCCUGGGGGCUCUCGGCACCGGCGGUGCCCAGGGGCAGGAGCGUCCCGGGGGACACGGCCCCUGCAGUGCUCAGGCGCCCGGAAGGGACUCGACGCUCGUGGAGUGGCUCCAAUCCUUUCCAGCAUCUGGAGAAGAGUGCUGUCUUACAGGAGGCUCGUAUAUUCAAUGAAACUCCCAUCAAUCCAAGAAGAUGUUUGCAUAUUCUUACAAAGAUUCUUUACUUACUGAACCAGGGUGAACACUUUGGGACUACAGAAGCUACAGAAGCCUUCUUUGCAAUGACUCGAUUGUUUCAGUCUAAUGAUCAAACAUUGAGGAGAAUGUGCUACCUUACUAUCAAAGAAAUGGCUACCAUCUCUGAGGAUGUGAUAAUUGUCACAAGCAGUCUGACUAAGGAUAUGACUGGAAAGGAGGAUGUGUACCGAGGCCCAGCAAUCAGGGCCCUCUGCAGAAUCACUGAUGGAACAAUGUUGCAAGCCAUUGAAAGAUACAUGAAGCAGGCCAUUGUGGAUAAAGUCUCUAGUGUAUCCAGUUCAGCACUGGUAUCUUCCUUACACAUGAUGAAGAUAAGCUAUGAUGUGGUUAAGCGCUGGAUCAAUGAAGCCCAAGAAGCUGCAUCAAGUGAUAAUAUUAUGGUCCAGUACCAUGCCUUGGGAGUCCUUUAUCACCUUAGAAAGAAUGAUCGACUUGCUGUUUCCAAGAUGCUGAAUAAAUUUACUAAAUCUGGUCUCAAAUCACAGUUUGCUUACUGCAUGCUGAUCCGAAUUGCCAGUCGCCUACUAAAGGAAACUGAGGAUGGCCAUGAAAGUCCACUCUUUGAUUUCAUUGAGAGCUGCUUGAGAAAUAAACAUGAAAUGGUUAUUUAUGAAGCUGCCUCAGCUAUCAUCCAUCUUCCUAACUGUACUGCAAGGGAGUUGGCACCUGCUGUUUCAGUUCUUCAACUUUUCUGUAGCUCUCCUAAACCAGCCUUGAGAUAUGCAGCUGUGAGGACACUGAACAAG